AGCUGUACGCCAUCAUCCUGGAGGUCCUCGACAGGACAGGCAAUGUCGCCUACGCGCGCCGCCUCGUCAUGUUCGAUAACUCCUCCUCUGUGGAGCUGAACCCAUCGGCAUCUCUUCAAGUCGUUACAGCUGAUGGAAGGUCCGGCUACCGAUGGCAGACAGACGUGUCCAAAACGUGUGUGUGGAGUGGACCGGUCGGUUCUUCAACUCGGAAAUACGUCACAACAAUUGGCUGCUUCCGGUGCUGGCAGACACAGGGCGCGAUAUACGGGGCGAAUACGACCAACGGUCCGGCCUCCUGCCGGUUACGGGCACUGACAGUGUUACUGGUGUCAUCACCUUCCAGGUCACCUGGAGUUUAAAUGGAGGAGCAAGGUCAGCGCCAAGGAAUGUCACCAGUGUCAAGUCAGAGGGCACGUGUCUGUACGAGCCACUGUUAGACGGUCAGACAUACGACAUAUGGAUCCGAGCUACAGACAUCAUGGGAAAUAACAGGGAAGACCAGGUUCGGGUGAGCAUAGACCACACGGCUCCUGUUCUCGAUGUCUUCGGACUUGUUGGACGCCAGGGCCGCCGAGAGCUAUUUGUGCACAACUCUACUGAUCUCUCCAAAAUGGUGCUUCAAGUGCAUGCAGGAGACAUUCACAGUGGACUGAGGACUUUGCAAUGGACGCUAGGAACGACCGACCAAACUGCUGAUGUUGGAGAAGAUGCUGUUGGAAUUCAGAGACUAGGCAACAUCACGACGUGCACUAGCGACAACUGUCACUGCCCCAGUGUCGGCGAGUGCGAGGUGGACAUGUACUACAUCCCCUUCACUAGACUCACCAACAACAACGCCCACCAAGGCCUUCAUCAUCGCCAAUAUUACAUCACAGUCAUCGCCACCAACAACGCUGGUCUGCACACCAUCAAAAUGAUUGACAUUCUCGUUGAUACAUCACCGCCCACAGUGGGCGUGGUCUGGGAGGGGCGUGGCGAGAGCGAGGAGGGGGAGGAGGACUUCACGAGCAGUGACGUGUUGCACGUGCGAUGGCGGGGCUUCACAGAUCACGAGAGCGGCAUCCUGCUGUACCGAGUGGCGCUGGCCAGCACGUGCCUGACAGUCCAAGACAUUGAGGCUCUAGAAAAUGCCACGGAAACUCAGGCCGUUGACAUGACAACACUGAGGAUUCCGCAGCAAGGUCACUAUUACGUCAGUGUGGUGGCUUACAAUGGCGCCAUGUCCCCAUCAUUAGUGGGUUGCUCAGACGGAAUCACCUACGACACUACGCCCCCACACUUACUCAACGUGAUGGUUGCUCACGCUCGUGUGGGGCGGACAAUAAGCUGCACGCAGCACGGACAGCUCUGGCUCAUCAACUCUAACCUCACCCGUGUCCAGCUGGAGUCGCGGCCAGAGUGUCUGCAUGUCUGUCAGAACAUUUCCUCACUCGUGUCAGUCGAACAUCUGUCUGUGACGUCGGCAUUGGCUGUGGAAGGAGAUCUGUCGAGCGAAUUGUGCCGACAACUGCCGAUGACGACCAAAGAUGCCGCCAUCAUGUUGCCCUCUGAUUCCUUGACCGUGCAGUGGCAAGGCGAGGACAAGGAGAGCGACAUCGAAGACUUCUGGGUGGGUCUGGGUCUGGACAGGUCCACAGCCUCAGCACCAGACGUGCAACCGCUCACACCUACAGACGGCAGGCAAUUCUUCCAUCUGACCCACACUGGUCUGGGUCACGGUGACAUCUUCUACCUCUUCUUGCGCGUGCUCAGCAAAGCCGGUCUCGAAAGCCAGCUGACUAUUGGCCCCUCAUUAUUGACGUCACACCGCCUGACGUCACACAGCCUCUUACAGUGGUUGUCGAGGGCUCUCUGUCACGAAGGGGGAUUCGUGACCCCGUUUCUUACUCUACCCGACCCAUUGGCUACACGCUGCAAGAAGCCUAACAUCACAGGGUGCAUCAGCUAUCCGGUAACAGCUUUAUACCCUUAUGAUACCCAGUCAGGACGACGGUUUUUCUUUCAGCUGCACGUGACCAAUGCUGCUGGUCACGUGGUUACUGUCAACACGUCAUCAGAACGUCUUCCUAAUUACCUCCCACCUGAGCAUGCCGUAGUAUUCGACAUUGUCAAAAUCCAGGUGUCGCCAACUGUACAAACAACUUUGCCAUCAACAGGAUCUUCGCCUAGACAUUCUGUAGAAGCACAACCGCAUUUCACGAGCCAAACGGCAGACACUAGCAGAGCUACGGACAAAACUGAGUCCCCUGCGUAUAAAUCUGACGAUGUAGAUGUCAUCCUUCAGACAGACGAAGUGUGUAUAGCAUGGGAGGGAUUUUCUGGUGAUGACGCCAUCUCUGUCGAAGUCGGAAUAGGAGCUCUCCCUAACAGCGAUGAUUUCAUUCCCUUUACAACAGUCCUGACCGGAAGUCCUACUUGUGUAGACGCUAGUUCACUGCCCUUGUACAAAAAGCUGUAUUCUGUUGUCAGAGCAACCAACACAGGCGGUCAAACUGUCUUUUCUAGUGAUGGCUUUACUAUGAUCCCAAAAUACGACCAGAAAAAUAAUCAGCUCAUGGUUUUCGCUGGAAGAGGGUGUCGAGCAAAUGACAUCAUAGGAACCUCCGUUCUCUCGCCCUCCAAAUCAUCCCGCGAGACUCAGCUGAUGACGAGAACUCAGCUACACGCUGGUGACGUCAUCUUUGUCCAGCUGAGACCAUUUGUUGGUAGCCUUGUGUUCAGUGGAGCUGUUGUCGUGCAGACCACGCUUACAGGCUAUCAGCUUGUGAUGCAGGCAGAUGUCCUGCGUGUUGUUGUUCCCCAGAAUGCCUCCAGCGACAUCACUGUGGAUGUCAUGACCUGUCAGAAGGAGGCUGUUAUUCAUCCCAAGUCUGACAACAGCGCCUCGGUCUCCUGGGAAAUUUCCGGACCCUGGAGUGACUUCGUCAGGUAUUUCCAAGUGCGCGUCGUAGACGAAACAUGCAGAGUUGAAGCCAAGAGUAAAGACCAGUACACGGGCCUGAUGUGUCUUAAAGGUGUCAGAGACGUGUCACCCAUAGAGAGGAGAUUUACAUUCAGUAGAAUCGACUUGUUUCCUGGACAUCAGUACUAUUUUACCGUGGCGGUAUGCCUUGACAACACCUGUCUACCCGAGGUGACCUCUGACCUAUUUGUAGUAGCCGGCAACCCCGUGACUCUGUGUGAUGAGGCUAUGGUUAGGGCGCAAGCUGACCACACGUUGACCAUUGGUGUAACAGCUCACGUGCAGCUGCUUGAUGACCCGCUGACGUCUGUUGCUCAAAGUUCAGCCUGUGUCUUCAGGUGGGCAGUGUCUGGAGACAGGAGCGGACAGGUGCCACUGUCGGAAUGGCAAGUCAGCAGUUCCUCCAGCUGCUCCAGCAUUCAGAUGGAAGGUGAAGUGCGUGUCAACAGCACCGGCAAAGGUCAACUACACGCAUGCAUACAGGUGAUGUUCCCUUGGAGACCGGCCAAUGUAACAUGCUGGAGACUGUCACGACCUGCAAGCUUGCGACAAGUUGACCCCUUCCACGUCAUAGAACUUCCCCACGCACUCCUGAGACAGACAUUCAUCGACAACCUUUUGUACAGUCAGCAGCUGGGUAGCAAACUUCACGAACUGUUUGAGCUCGACAUUGACUUUGCUGCCAGUGACGUCAUGAUGUCGGCCUUUGUGACGGACGGUUAUAACAGAAACGUUACGUGGUUUCUGAUGACGUCAGAUCGUGUACCUCGUGACGGGAGCUGUGCGGGAGACCCAUCAUGCCUCACCUGGAGGAAGACUGAAAAUGGCAAAGUAGUGUUUCCACGAGACCUGUCGAGAUUUGCGCACGGCACUGUGUACUACGUGUGCGCACUCAUCUCGCCGAGGGAGUGGUCAGGUCAAGGACAAAGGUCGACCACUGAGGAAGCCACUGAAGGACAAAGCGGGACAACUGCAGUCUGUGGAGAUGGAUUUGUAAUCGAUGACGUACCGCCCAUCCGGGGAUCAGUUGCCAUUGGCAACUCGGAAGAGGGCUUUGUGGCUGACGAAGGCCACCUGUUUAUUACCUGGACAGGUUUUUCAGACGUAGAAAAAGACGUCACGAAACUCCCGGACUACGUCACCAUGAACUUCUCUGUGGCCCUGGGAAGCUACCCCGGAGGCGAGGACAUAGCUCGCUAUGUGCAGGUGGGACAGCGAACCACGUGGAUGUUUCUGGACUUGAAGAUAGCUCCCGGGACACAAUGCAUCGCUACAGUCAGGGCUGAAGAUCGUGCUGGUCACGUGACAGAAUCCUGGUCUGAGAGUUGUAUUGUUGACAACACACCACCUACCCAGGGUCACGUGACCGUAGGGGGAUUGUAUCAAAAGCCGUACGUCGCAAGCAGUGAGCUGCUUGUUUAUUGGGAGGGUGUGGAGGACAAGGAGAGUGGCAUCAAGCAACUUGAGGUGGCAGUCAGCACCACAAGUGGGUCCGACGACGUCAUCCCCUUUCAGGUGUGUCGGGGCGGGUCAACCGUACUGACCCAGACGUCAGCGUUAGUAGACGGCCAUUCAUACGUCUUGCUGCUGAGAUCCACAAACAAAGCUGGCUUGACCACACUGACGUCAUCACAGCCUUUUACUGUGGACAGUUCUCCCCCCGAGCCUGGGAUAGUUUGGAAUAGUGCCUCAAACUCCACCGAGCACAGAUGCUACAGCCAAGAUGUUGGUGAGUACCCGGUGUACUGGUCUGGAUUCCGUGACCUGCAGUCUGGCCUGGCCUACUUCAGGGUUGGGCUUGGUUCUCAACCUAAUGAAACCGACAUUCAACCUUUCGUCUACGUAGGAUUACAGACAUCUUAUUCCUGGAAACGAGAGUUUGAGCAAGGCAAGCCCUACUACGUCACUGUAGAAGCCUGCAACCAGGCUGGUCUUUGCACAGUGACGUCAUCCACAAGCAUGACCUUUGAUAGCUCUCCCCCUACUGUUGGUCACGUGGUUGUCGGGCCUGAGGGUCAGAACAGCAAAUAUCUUGCACACAAUUCAUCGAUACAAGCAAUGUGGACUGGCUUCUCAGACCCGCAGACUGGAAUUCAGGAAUUCCUGUGGUGUAUAGGAACACAACCACACGGCUGUGACGUACUUCCUGUAAAGUCAAACCUACUGUCACUUGUUGCAUUCAUGUCUGGUUUGGCACUUCCGGCAACAACACCUUUGUACGUCACAGUGAGAGCUCGAAACCCGGCAGGUCUGCAGUCAGUCGCCGUCUCGGAGAGUUUCACAGUCGACGUUUCUCCACCAACCGUUGUUGUCGCUCCUUACUUUACGUCACCACGUGACGGCAAACGAACUGACAGCCAAUGGGAUCGCUCAGUUCUGCAAUUGAUUUGGCAGUUUGCUGACCCUGACAGUCCGGUUGUCAGCCAUACCGUUAAUGUCCGCAGUCAACUAACUGGUCGACUUCUCACCGAACCAAUAGUUGUUGGUGCUGAUGACAAGAUGACCUUGACUCUCGACCCUGACCACUUGCUUGAUAACGGAGGUGAGUAUUGGGCGUCGGUUGCUGCCUGCAACGCCGCAGGGCUGUGUACGGCAGCCACUUCCACCCGCCUGCUUGUGGACGCUACUCCUCCCAUCCUGGGUACCUUCAGGUCCCCCAUCACGUGGUACAAAGACGACGACCCUGAUGUGGCUGCUGCUGUCAACGUCACGUGGCAGGCAUUCAGUGACCCGGAGUCUGGUGUCGUGUCCUAUCAGAUCGUUGCAGGACGAUCCUAUGGCGGCGAAGACCUCUCUGAAGGCCGUGUGACUGCAGCUCACGAUGACAGUAGCGCUGUUCAGCAUACCUUGCUUUUUCUCUCAGAGGCGCUGAGGGCAGAUGAUGUUAUUUUCUUGGGUAUCUGGGCCAGAAACAAGGUGGGUAUGCAAAGCGAAAUGGUACGAACAGCCUACCAGGUGAUCGUGGACACAACAAACACCACCGGCGGCCUGCUGAUCGCCUUGCGUCACUCCUGCCCUGUCUCCUACUGUACUCUGGAGUGCUCCUGUGCUCCCAGUGGUCAAGUCUGUCCAGGCAGUCCCGGUCAGUGCCACCAGCUUGAAGUCACUGACUCCAGGCUGGGAAAUGUCCACGUCAUUCCUUACAUCAGCCACGACACAAGGCCGCAGACGUACACGACGUCAGUGAAGUGUCUGGAGGGCCACUGGACAGUGUCUCCAAGUGACCAACUCAACAUCUCGAGGUUUGAGUGGAGUCUCGGUCUGACCAACAGAAGUGCUGGUGCGGGCGUCUUUAACCCGCUAACUGAAGCUGUCUGGUAUGAUGUGGGGCUCACCAUGGAAAUGACCUACUGCCUACCUGGAACGCGCCUGCUAGCUUCCGGUCAGAGCUACGUGUUGCAUGUACGGGCCUGGCUGUCUCGUGACAGUCACGUGACCUUCCUGUCGGCACCUGUUACUAUUGACAGCUCUCCUCCGUCAGUGUCACGUGGUAAGACUGUCGUCGAGUCUAACGGCGUCUGUGGUCGAGACGUAGAUUAUGUCACGUCCGAGCCCAGCGUCACGGCAUGCUGGGACGGCGUAUUUCAGGAUGUUCAGAGCUACAUUGUUGGCUUUGAGCUCUGGGCUGGUACGUCACAGUUAGCUGAUGAUUUGGUCAAAAAGACCUCCGUUGGCCUGAACACCUCUCACGCAGUUUCAACUGCCAGCAUGGAGAAAGGUCGUCGCUACUACUUCACGGUGCGUGCUGUCAAUGGCGCCGGUCUGACGACGUCCGCUGUGUCUGACGGCGUUGUCGUUGACGUCAGUCCCCCUAUUGCUGGAGUUGUCUUUCCGGCCUCCCGCUACGUCACUCGCCUGGCUCAGACGGCCACAAACUGGCUGGCCGCCUCCUGGCACGGCUUUCAGGACCAACAGUCGGCCGUCAGGUCUUACCAGGUCGCCAUCGUCCUUGACAGUCACCCGACCUCUCCCGUCAUGCCGUUCGUCAACGUCGGCUUUCUGACCGAGUAUCACUUCACCGACCUUCCUCUACGACACAAUCACAGGUACAGUGUUGUCGUCAUGGCUACAGACGCUGCUGGACUCACUAGUCAAGCGGCAAAGUCGGCGGCCAUUUUAGUUGACAGCACUCCGCCAGAGGGCGUCACUUGCAGUCACUUUGACCUCAUUAGCGAAAAAGCGAUGACGUACAUAUCGACAUCAUCCUUGCUGUACGUCACGUACCGGGCGGACGUUACCCUGCCGCCAACCACCCAGAGCAGGAUGGUAAGGGUGACACUAACUGCCCUCAACAUUCAGCCGGACGCCAGGGGGUAUGUGGGGUACGAGGAGCUCAAGAUACCCGUCUUCUUCAAGUACUCGCACUCCGGAAACGCUUCAGCCGAGCAUCUGCUUUUGUACUCAGCCAACAGCAACAGCACUCAGCUGGUGACGGUCCAUGUCGAGGCCAGGCCAGGAGCUAACAUGGUGGCCAGGCUGUCCUCGUGUUCCCAGGAGCUUGUGUCGUCACCGGAGGCCAUUUCUGUGACUCAGAUCUCACAAACCUCCGUCUCUGUUUGCGCUCGCGUUUACGACAAAGAAUCUGGAAUAAAGACGAUGAUUGUUGGCUUGGGUACGACCCCAGGAGGUCUGCAAGUACAACCUUUCACCCCUGUGGGUCACAGCGGUCACUUCCUGUUUGACGUGCACGUGCAGCACGGCGCCCCUCUGUACGCCAGCGUCAUGGCGGAGAACGGCGCCGGACAUCGCGUGCACUUCAUCUCCAGCGCCAUCUACAUGGACAAAACGGCCCCUCUGGUAUCUGAGGUGAAGGUCAAACUCAUUUACGAAGGUGAAGGUCAGCCAGAUGGCCCUCAAGUGCGGGGAGUCGCUGAGUGGACUGCGCAUGACAACGAGAGCGGUAUUGUGGCGUGCACCUGUAGGCUGGUGAGCCCUUCUCACGGACAGUCAGUAGCACCUGAAGUGGAAAGUGUGACGUCGACAGACUGCGUGCUUGUCAUCGCGCAGCCAAGACAUCGCGAGUCUGUCAUCGUGUCUGUCAGAUGUAUCAACGGAGUUCAGAUGGACACAACAGUCACGUCACAGCCGGUUGCCAUUUUGCUGCAACCGCCAGAUUUAUCAAUGGCUUCCCUGGUGUUUCUGGACAACAACCCCGUCGUUUCCCCAUUUGACGAGCGCGAUGUGGAGGUCAGGUCUAGAAACUCCAGCCUGGAACUGACAUGGCGAGGUGUUGAUGACACGAGUGUAGUCGCCUUCUAUUACCGUUUGCACCUAAAUUCCCUCCCGCUGACUGAGUGGUCUUCCCUGAAUACCUACACAACAUCGGUAGUAGCGCUACAGGCGAACCGUGCGCCGUCUGGCGGGGUACUCACGGCGCAAGUCCGAGCAUCCAACGACAGAGGAAUGACGUCAGACAUUGUGUCCUCCAGCGUCCUGCUGGACGACAGCAGACCGUCAACUACAGGGAAGACAGCGUCUGCCACAGUGGUUGGCGACAUCCUCCUCCUGGACUGGUCAAACGUUUUCAGUGGACAUCGCGAUCUCACUUACCUGGUUUUUGCCGGCACAGCGCAAGGUUUUGGUGACGUCAUAAACCACGUGACUGUGAAGACGCCCUCCUACCGACAGCAGCUGACGAAGCCGCUCGAUGAACUGUUUGUGUUGAUCAGAGCCGUGUACGCCAACGGUAUGUUUAAAGAUCACGUGGCCAAACUCUCACUUUAGACACAGUCCCCUUUGUUUACAUGUGUAUGCUCCCUGACUGUCAAGUAUGUCAUAAAAAUCAUAUAUAUAUAUAAAUGUUCGCAAAUAAUAUUUUUACUGUCUACGUUUCUUUUUUCUUAUUAGCAGACGAUGCACUUUCUGUAUUCAUUGUAAUUAAGUGGCGGAUGCAUAUUUAAUGGGUUUCAGCUAUCUCUUGUAAAUACUUCUCAAAUAUCUGUGAUAUCAAGUACAGAAGUAUCACGUGAUCAAGUGUAUGUGCAAGCUCGCUGUCAUUAAGAUUUUAAGCAUCGACAAAUUAUAAUGUAAUAAAUGACACAAAUUACAUGUCAUAUUUGUAUCUCUCAGUUUAGGUGUAGUUUUAUUUAAAACAGCUUGAAAAGUAGUUCUAUGCGGUAUAUAAAACAUAAAUUGUGAUUUAAGUGAUUUCAAUAAAUCUGUAGUCAGCUGA